GCUACACCGUUGGUCCUGCUGGUGCCUGGAUCCGGAGGGUGACCAGGCAGCCCUCGUGGGUCCACACCAUGGCCACCUGCUGGCAGGGCCUGUGGGCCUAUCGCAGGUACCUGAUUGUCUUCUUCCUACCCAUUUUCCUGCUGCCUCUGCCCAUCCUCGUCCCGACUAAGGAAGCCUACUGCGCCUACACCAUCAUCCUCAUGGCGCUCCUCUGGUGCACGGAGGCUCUGCCCCUGGCCGUCACCGCCUUCCUCCCUGUCAUCCUGUUCCCCAUGAUGGGCAUCAUGGAUGCCUCCAAGGUCAGCGUUGAGUACCUCAAGGACUCCAACAUCCUAUUCAUCGGGGGGAUGCUGGUGGCCAUCGCCGUGGAGCACUGGAAUCUGCACAAACGCAUCGCCCUCCGCGUGCUCCUCAUCAUCGGCGUGCGGCCCGCCCUGCUGAUCCUAGGCUUCAUGGUGGUCACGGCCUUCCUGUCCAUGUGGAUCAGCAACACGGCCACCACUGCCAUGAUGGUGCCCAUCGCCCACGCCGUUCUGGAGCAGCUGCACAAGAUACCGGUGGGCAAGGAUGUGGAGGAGGGCAGGGGCAACCCCGCCUUUGAACUCCAGGAACCGAGUCCCCAGCAGGAAGAGACCAAGCUUGAUGAGAAAGACAACAAGCAGGACCUCCCUGUCCCAGCUGCCCCUUCGGAGUCCAAGACACAACAGAAUGAGGAGCAGCUCCGCUUUACCCAGGGCAUGAGCCUGUGUGUGUGCUACUCGGCCAGCAUCGGGGGCAUCGCCACCCUGACGGGCACCACAAACCUGGUGCUGCAGGGCCAAGUCAACUCGAUCUUCCCCCGAAACCCCAAUGUGGUGAACUUCGCCUCCUGGUUUGGCUUUGCCUUCCCCACCAUGGUCAUCUUGCUGCUACUUUCCUGGCUGUGGCUGCAGAUCCUCUUCUUAGGGUUCAACUUCCCGAAGAACUUCGGCUUCGGGGACCAGAUGAAGGAGAAAGAGCGAGCGGCCUUCGAGGUCAUCCGGAGGGAACACAAGCAGCUGGGCCCCCUGAGCUUUGCAGAAAAGGCUGUCACUGUCCUCUUUGUCUUAUUGGUGGUGCUCUGGUUCACUCGGGAGCCAGGCUUUUUCCAGGGCUGGGGCAACCUGGCUUUUUCUGAUGAGGAUGGGAAAAGCAUGGCAUCCGAUGGGACAGUGGCCUUAUUAAUCGCUGUAAUUAUGUUCAUCGUGCCCUCCAAGAUCCCAGGGCUGACUCAGGAACCAGGAAACCCGGGAAAGCUGAAGCCACCUCCUGCCCUCCUCAGCUGGAACACAGUAAAAGAGAAGCUGCCUUGGAACAUCGUGAUCCUUCUGGGUGGUGGCUUUGCCCUGGCCAAGGGCAGUGAGGAAUCGGGCCUGUCAAAGUGGCUGGGGGACAGGCUGACCCCCUUGGAGAGCGUGCCACCUCCUGCCAUUGCCUUCAUCCUCUGCCUCCUGACUGCCAUCUUCACCGAGUGCACCAGCAACGUGGCCACCACCACCCUCUUCCUGCCCAUCCUGGCCUCCAUGUCGCAGGCCAUCUGCAUCCAUCCUCUCUACGUCAUGCUGCCCUGCACGCUUUCCAGCUCCCUGGCCUUCAUGCUGCCUGUGGCCACCCCACCCAACGCCAUCGCCUUCUCAUUCGGAAGCCUCAAAGUGACUGACAUGGCCCGAGCGGGACUCAUGCUCAACAUCGUUGGGGUCCUGGUCAUCACGCUGGCCAUCAACAGCUGGAGCAUCCCCAUGUUCAACCUGCACCACUAUCCCUCCUGGGCCCGUUCCAACACCACGACCUGCGGGGUCAGCCAGGCAAACACCACAACACCUAGUCCCUAGACCCCGGGAUCACCUGCCCAAACCAGGGAGACCGACCACCCCUUUCCUAGAGAUGGGAGGGGCUCCAUAGGCUCCAAGCCAGACCUGGAGAGGGAGGCGUGGGUAACCUCGUGUGAGGCUGCAAGGAAGAUGAGCUCGAUCCGGAAGGUCUGAGGAAAGCAUGUGUAUGUGUAUGUAUGCGUGUGUGUGUGUGUGUGUGUGUGUGUGUGUGCAUGCGGCACGUGUUUGUGCACGCGUGCGUGUGUCUGAAGACGGUGUGUCAUGUGAGGACGUCUGACAGGGGUCUGCGGGGGCCCAUGAUCCUAGGUGUGUAUCCUUGAUGGUGUGCAUGUGUGAGGUGACAGACGCGACAGACAGUGUGCUGUGUCCAGCACUCCAGGUCUUUGUCUGCCCCGCUUGGUGGGCGACCAAAGCCCCUUUGCCCUCUAUUUAUUGAAACUCAUGUUGGUGCCGCAAAGCUGCCCUGCGGCUGCCAUGGCAACAGUCUCUGGGCCCCGCCCAGCACACGGAGUGCUCCCCAGCCUGUCGGGUUUGUGGGGAGGGUUCAAAGAUCAGCCACAUUAAAGUCUUUCAGUAGA